GCCUGCCAUAGAGGCUCAGUUGCGGUUAUAGUAUAUUGUUAGCCUCCAUCGCUAUACGUACACUCGCGUACGGACUAGCGGAUACACAAGUUUCUCUCUCUCUCUCUCUCUCUCACACACCGAUAUUGGAGAAUUCGAGUAUAACAGUCAUACAAUACUGUCUGUGCUGGCGAGUGGCAAGAGGGAGAGACAUAUAUAAGAGAGAUAAAGAGCUUCGUAGCAAGUUUUUCUAUAUACGUGAUCGCAGUACACACUUAUAUAUUUACGUUUUUCCUCUUUCCUUCUCUCUCUCUCUUUCUCUCUUUCUCUCUCUUUCUCUCUCGCAAUAUCUGCCGUAAAACGUCUGGCUGAGAAAUCAAGUGGAGAGUCAUCCUUCGAGACGUAGUGUGUAAGAAGCAACAACGAAUCAAAGAAAAUGGGAACCCGCGACGACGAGUACGAUUAUCUCUUCAAAGUUGUAUUGAUUGGAGACUCCGGUGUUGGUAAGAGUAACCUACUGUCACGCUUCACAAGAAAUGAAUUCAAUUUGGAAUCCAAGUCCACUAUUGGGGUUGAAUUUGCAACAAGAAGUAUACAAGUUGAUAGUAAAACCAUUAAGGCCCAAAUUUGGGAUACAGCAGGUCAAGAACGUUACAGGGCUAUCACAUCUGCGUAUUAUCGUGGAGCAGUAGGAGCUUUAUUGGUUUAUGAUAUUGCAAAACAUUUAACUUAUGAAAAUGUGGAAAGAUGGUUGAGAGAAUUACGUGAUCAUGCAGAUCAAAAUAUUGUCAUUAUGUUAGUUGGCAACAAAUCAGAUUUGAGGCAUUUGAGAGCAGUACCUACAGAUGAAGCUAAAACAUUUGCUGAAAAAAAUGGUCUUUCAUUUAUUGAGACUUCGGCCUUAGAUUCCACCAAUGUUGAAACUGCAUUUCAAAAUAUUUUAACAGAAAUAUACAGAAUUGUAUCCCAAAAACAAAUAAGAGAUCCACCUGAAGGUGAUACAAUUCGACCACAAAAUGUAGAGCCAAUUGAUGUUAAACCAACAAUGAGUUCUGAAGGAGUGCGUAAACAAUGCUGCCAGUGACGUGGUGUUUGUUCAUUAAAUGAUUUGCUUUAUAAAUCCAGCAAGAAAGGCAGAGAGCAAGAAACAAGAGAAAUGAUGAUUGUUGGUAGAUGAAUCAGGUACAUAUUAGUACCUGAGAACCAAGACUAUGUAUACGGGCCUAUGAUCUCGUAUGCUGAACUAAAUUUGUCAAAACUUUUUGAGCAAAAUGCUUAAUGCUAUUGAACAUAAUAUAAAAGCAGAUAAAAUUACACAGUUUAGAAAUAAUUUCAAUUAAUUCUUUGGCAAAAAUUUUUUAUCUUUGUGCAUGAUGUAAUGCAACGAUCAAGUGAUCCUCGGAGUGUUCCAUGUGAUGUUUCCAUUCACUUGAAUAUCUUCAGAAAAUUUUAUCUUGUCAAAUCUGUAUUUUUUUAACGUGCAACAUUUUCAAUUAUUUCUACCAUUCUCUUAAACUCUAUCUCUGAUCUAUUUAUGCUAUGUUUAUUGUACCUUUGCUCAUGUGCGCUUACAUACCAUGAUACACAUUCAAUUGGGAAUGCAUUUUAAAAUUUCAAUGCGCUAAUAUAGCAAAACUCAGAUACACAAAUGCAAAUCAUACUCAAAAACAAAUACACACUAUAUCACACAAAUGAGUAAUGAAAGGGUAGAAUAGGACUAAAAAGUUAAAAUUCUUAAGAAUGCAAAGGUAAACAGAUACAUAUAUUAUGUUAUCAAUGAUAAAAUAUUGUAUUACCACUUUUUUCAUAGUACAUGAUGAUAAGAUUUUUUUUAUUUUUGAAAUGCGUAAUUUUGAUGCAUUGAUAAUGAAUAUAUAAUUUAAAAAAAACACAAUUUACUAUUUGUGAUGUAUAUUAUUGGUGACUCUAAGCAUGGCAACAAAUCGCAAUUCUCUCUGCUGUUGAACGUCAUAUGUUAUUUAUAUGGGAAAAAACUUUUGAUGAUCCAAUAAGUUGAUGAUUUUAAUAAUAGUGUAUAAAUUUGUAUGUACUUUGUUGCGGAUGAAAAGAAAGUAGAAACAAACUGUGUUCAAAG